GGUGUACGCCGCCGCACCCCCACCGCCGGCCCUAAUCGUCUCGUCUCGUCUCUUCCUCCCGACCUCACUCACUGCCUCCCCCUCGCCGCCGCCGCCGCCGCCGCCGCGCCGGGGAUGUCGCGCACGCUGGUGCAGCCGGUGGGGCAGAAGCGCCUCACCAACGUGGCGGUGGUGCGCCUGCGCAAGCACGGCCAGCGCUUCGAGAUCGCCUGCUUCCCCAACAAGGUGCUCUCCUGGCGGUCCCGCACCGAGAAGGACCUCGACGAGGUGCUCCAGUCCCACACCGUCUACUCCAACGUCUCCAAGGGCGUCCUCGCCAAGUCCAAGGAACUCAUCAAGGCCUUCGGCACCGACGACCAGACCAAAAUCUGUAUCGAGAUUCUGGAGAAAGGGGAGCUCCAGGUCUCCGGCAAGGAGAGGGAGGCGCAGCUCUCUAGCCAGUUCCGCGACAUCGCCACCAUCGUCAUGGAGAAGACGAUCAACCCGGAGACCCGCCGCCCCUACACCAUCACCAUGAUCGAGCGCCUCAUGCACGAGAUACACUUCGCCGUCGACCCAAACCUCACAUCCAAGGAACAGGCUCUAAAAGUUAUCAAGAAGCUCAUAGAGCACUUCCCCAUAAAGCGUGCACCACUGAGGGUGCGGUUCACUGCACCAAAGCCCAACUUUGCAGGCCUUAUGGAGAAGGUUGCUGAAUGGAAUGCUACAGUCAUAUCAAAGGAUGAAUCUGGCACUCAGCCUUCUAUUGUGUGUGAGAUUGAGCCUUCCAUUCUGCACUCAUGUGAGGAGCGGUUGAAGGAUGUGCAAGGGAGGGUGGAAGUCCUAUCCGUCUCAGCGCAUGCAGAAGGUGGCCUGUCUGUGGAGCAGGAUGACAAUGUUGAAGUGCUGCAAGCAGCGCCUGCAAAGCAGUCUGAUGCUGUUGCGCAGAUAACCGAGACAAUGCAGAAGCAGAACAUUUCUACUGAAACCCAGGGCAGCGCACAAGGCAAGCAGCAGAGAAGGUGCAAGGAGUGCGAUGUACUAGUGGAUGACAAGCUAUACAGAGAGCACUGCAAGAGCGGGUGGCACAAGCACAACUACACGCGCCACAAGAACGGGCUCCCGCCUCUCAGCCAAGAGGAGUGCAUGGUAGAGAUGGAGUUGGCCGACUCCAAGAAGGACCUCAAGGACUAUGAUUUCUGAUGAGAGCCAGGGUUAAGUAACGGGGAGGGCGCAGGACAUGAAGGUGCUGCUGCAGUUUUCUUCCUUUUUCCCCCCUUUUUAUGAGAACAGAUAUGGUGGAGCGCGGGUGCUGUAUAGUGGCUUAGUCAGAUAGUUUAGGUCUGGCUGUCUGGAAGGCUUUGUAUAGUAAAGCCGAAUGGAAUGCUCCAUGGCUGUUCUGUGACGGCACGCUAUAUGAAGUUGAAACGUUGCUUGUUACUUAUUGAAUAUCCUUUGUGGCUGUUUGGUUUGUGAUGAUGAGCAGAUAGCCUUAGGUGCAUAGAUGUUACUGUUAGUGGUUAAAAAUCGUCUGAAUUUGGUGGUACUUGGCCUACCAUGUAUAUCACAGAUGCAUUUGAGCCAAUGGUAAUCUCAAUCCAAACAAUAGACUGUAAUAA